AUGCUCCCUCCACCAUCAGAUUUCAUUGUGGAAACGACAUCGCCGUUUAUACCACCGAUGCCUUCUGUUUUUGCACGAAGAUUUUGUCGAUGCCCUACGGCACAAUUUACGGCUUUUCGCCGCCAUCCUACUGCUGUCAGUUUUCUACGGCCUUUUAGUGAGGUUACCAGGGGCGCCAAAGCCACAACCCCAUCGACGGGAAAAGUAAAUCGAGCCAAAUACGAAUCCGGCCCUGAUUCCGGGCGAAAGCACCGGGCACAGUCCUCAUUUUUUAUCUUUGCCAAAGCCUUCCUUUUCACCUUAAUACCCCUGACCCCCAUCAUCAUCGUGUUCCGCGAGCAUGUUAUAUCUACAUACCCUGUUGGAGGCCCAUCCAUGGCGCCAUAUCUGAAUGCCACAUACGGCGUGGAGGAUCUAGCUAGAGAAACCGUGGUAGUCAACAAAUUUUUUUGGACGAAAGAUUUCGAACAUAAGAGUUCGGGUGGCAUCGGAAAUGAGAACUGGAAGGGCUUGCGCCGAGGGAUGGUGGUGAUGUUCCGGUCGCCGAGAAAUCCUGAAAUACUAGCUAUAAAACGCAUCAUUGGACUGCCUGGUGAUGAAAUUACCCCUCGAUCCUCACCACGCGAGCUAAAUACGCAGCCCCCUAGUAGCAUGGAUUUCACAGAUCUCACACAACCGCAGAUGAUACCGUAUAACCAUAUAUGGGUUGAAGGCGAUGCUAAUGACACUAGCAAGAGCUUGGAUAGUAACACCUACGGGCCUAUCAGUAUGAAUCUCAUCACGGGCCGGGUAGUGGGCGUGGUUUGGCCGUGGGAAGCGAGAAGAAUGCUAAGGUGGGAAUUGUGGGAUGUAGAUGCGACUGCCGAGAACCUUCACGAAGAUUCCAAUAGCUCUUAUCACGUCGAGUCAGAAAGGGAUAGCGGAGGGGCAACAGGUAGGAGUCAGCGGAUGAGAGUCAAAAAAAAUGUGCUUUCUGUCCAGGUGCCACACGUUUCUUAA